GCUCCAUGCCUGCCAGGAUGAUGGGCUUCUGAUCCGUGCUAGUGAGGGCUUCCACUCAUGCCCAUCUCUCCCCAGCCCUUUGAAGACCAGAGGGUGCUCUCCUGCCCCAUCCCCGGGGGCUCAAAGAGAAACAGAAACCAGCCUUUUACUCUAGAUAGAGAAACCCAUCUUGCAUGGAAGGGCAGGGUGGGCGGGCCUGGAGACUAGGGCGGUGGAUGGUUUAGCCCACGGGGAGGAGCACAGGUUGAGGUUUGCUGGGAGGAGGGCCUCUGGGCCAAACACUGCUCUUCACUCCUCCAAGUCUUACCUCCAGCUCCUGGACCCAGAGCAGGGACAUGCCCCUGUAUCUCUCCAUCCAGGCCGCACAAGAGACCUGACCUGUUCCCAUCAGCCUCUGACCGCUGACCGCAGCCCAGCCCCUUAGUGUCCCUGGCUUCCUCCCUGGGGACCAAGGGGAGUCAGUGGGAGGAGCUUCUCUUACAGUCAGAAUUCCUUGGUGGAAUGCAGACAGCUGGAGGUCACAGAGUCCUCUAUGAUUUCACCACGAGGGGGAGCAAGGCCACUUGGAAUGAAGUUUCUUUGAUAAGUGGGAGGAAACGGAGCAGCUAUGAUGGAUAACCGAAGGACUUGGUGGCAGCAGUGGACCGACAUCAACAUCAAACCUUUGAACGUCAUGAGGGCCACUCACGAGCCCUAUGCCCGGCCGGAGGAGCAAGUACUGAUCAACCGCAGAGACAUCACUAGCACGAGGGAUACCUGGGACAUGCAGGAGUUCAUCACUCGCAUGUACAUCAAGCAGCUGCUUCGUCACCCAGCCUUCCAGCUGCUGCUGGCCUUGCUGCUGGUGGUCAACGCCAUCACCAUUGCUCUGCGCACCAACUCCUUCCUUGGCCAGAAACACUAUGAGUUGUUCUCUACCAUAGAUGACAUUGUGCUGACCAUCCUUAUCUGUGAGGUCCUCCUCGGCUGGUUAAAUGGCUUCUGGAUUUUCUGGAAGGACGGCUGGAACAUCCUCAACUUCCUUAUCAUCUUUAUCUUGCUCCUGGGGUUCUUCAUUAAUGAACUCAGUGCUAUCUCUAUCACCUAUACUCUCAGGGCGCUUCGUCUGGUGCACGUGUGCAUGGCGGUGGAGCCUCUGGCCCGGAUCAUCCGUGUCAUCCUGCAGUCGGUGCCUGACAUGGCCAAUAUCAUGACCCUCAUCCUCUUCUUCAUGCUGGUGUUCUCCGUGUUCGGGGUCACUCUCUUUGGUGCGUUUGUGCCCAUGCAUUUCCAGAACAUGCAGGUUGCCCUGUACACCCUUUUCAUCUGCAUCACCCAAGAUGGCUGGGUGGACAUCUACAGGGACUUUCAGAUGGAGACAAGAGAGUACGCAAUGGAGAUUGGGGGUGCUGUCUACUUCGCCAUCUUCAUCACCAUCGGUGCCUUCAUUGGCAUCAACCUGUUGGUCGUUGUGGUGACCACCAAUCUGGAGCAGAUGAUGAAGGCAGGCGAGCAUGGACAACUGCAUCAGACAACCUUCCGUGAGACAGGCAAGGAGGAGGAGGUUGGAAGUAACUACCUGCCACUGGUGCACUGUGCGGUCGCCCGUUUGGAGAUGUCUGGCCUCCCCCAGGAGCCACUUACGGGGGGCAACCUGUCUAACCUCUCGGAAAACACCUGUGACAACUUUUGCCUGGUGCUCGAGGCAAUACAGGAGAACUUGAUGCAGUACAAGGAGAUCCGAGAUGAGCUUAACAUGAUAGUAGAGGAGGUGCGCUCCAUCCGCUUCAACCAGGAGCAGGAGGAGGAGCUGAUGCACAAGCAUGUGUCCCUGAGCCUGUCGGUGGCGAGUGGGUCCUCCCUGGACAUCCACGACAUGACUUGCCAGCAAGACUUGAUCACUGCGCUCAUCAACAGGGAUAAGGUUCAGGAAUCCAACACAAACCUGCUCCUUAACAAACACAAGGCCAGCCGCUGAGAGGCAGGACGGGAGCCAAGGGACCUGCGCACACACACCCAGCUGCUGCAUCUUCCUGCACCUCUAGUGUGACUUGGCACAGCCUGGUCUGAGCCCAUCCUCUCCCUUACACCUCGGCAGAUGCCUGGGGCUGAGAAGGGGGUGGCAUGUCCAGGGCUUGUACCUGUGAGCCCCAGGUUCAGAGGAAUUCAGAUGGACAAGGAUGCUGGAUGAGAGAGGGAGCCCCACAGCAAGGAUGAGCACCUAGCGGGGGUGCUGGCUAAGGCAGCCAGGGUUUGUCCUAAGGAUGGGCAUCCCUGGUCCUCUGCAUUAGGCCAGAGCUAGAUGGGGCCUAAGUGGGCUUAAGCACCAAGAGGAGAAAGGUGAGGCCAGUGGGGCCAGGCAUCUGUGUAUUGACAAUAAAAUUUUGCGUUGGGAUCAGUAUGUCUGAAUGGUGGCUCUACAAACCCCUUGGGGCAAUUCUUGCCAAAAGCCUGUUUGUCUGGUGGGAGAGUUACUGACAGCCCUCUAGAGCUUCUAAUCUAAUGGGAGAGAGAAUCUGCACCCUGAAAAUUUGUGACUUAAUGGUAGAGAUAUAAUCUCUGCCCUUAGUGUUCUAAUUUUUUUUUUGGUUGGGGGGGGGUGGCAGUGGGAGGGAAUUUGGUCCUCAUGGUUAGGAGCCUGGUCUGAUGGAGACAGCCCUACCCUCCCUCUCUGAAGGUAGAGAAGAGUGGUCCUUAUUCUGGGGAGCCCUAGUCUGUUGAGGUCACCAUUGAUCAAGUCGUGCAAAUACAAGCAGUUUUAUGCUGGGGCAAUGGAGAGUAACUGGCAAAGCAUGGGUCCUGGUAGGCUUUUCAGAGGAGAGGGGCACUGGAACUUGCUGGAAGAUAGCAGGAGGAGUCUGUGGGUCCAGUGAAUGAGGUCUAGUGGGGAACCUAGGACCUGUGAGGUCUUGGGACCUUCACACUAAAGACCAUUGAGAGCCACAGCAAAUUCCUGAGCUGGGUAAUGCAAAGAGUCUGAGAGAGCUGCGGAAGUCAUGGGCAAUAGGAAGAACUGCCUUGGAGGACUGGAUUCUCAUCCUUGGGACCAUCAACAUGGGCAGAGCCAUGGGCAUCCAGUGGCUUUUACUGCUAACUGCUAUUUACUGGGGAUGGAGCCUUCAGUCUUCCUGGCAUUAUUACAACCCAGGGGGUUGAAUCAAAUACAGCAGACUCCACAAAAGUCUCUCUGCCUAAGGGACCUACAGUAUCCUCAUUGACAACCUCAGCUCCAUCCAGCAAUGGGAGAGACAACAUGUCUGCAGUUCCGAUUAACGCAUCACCAACAAUCAGGAGGACAGCAACGUCAGAGUCCCGGAAGAAUACAACACCAGCUACUCCUCCCACUUUACCACAAGCCAUCCGCUCUGCUGGGUCCACUGAACAGACAACCCCCGUACAUGAGACCCAAGAGGAGAGAUCCAGAAGCGCGGCCUUGUCCAGCAUGGCCACUUCAGCUAAGACCCUAAAACAGAAUCAGAGAGCUCCAACCACACCCCGUUUAGCAUCAAGCUCCAUAAUCAAUGGAUUGGAAUCAUCAUUGUCCACUGACUCUCAGAUGUCAGCCAAGAUCACUGCUCCAGCAGCGUUAAACAUACCAGGCGAUGACAUUACAUCAUCAAGGUCCAUGACAGCCACUGUCUCUGAGAAGUCAGCUACAAUGAAAUCCUCAACAGCAUUGAACAAGACCACUGAUGUGAAAGAAUCUCUAUAUCCAGGACAACGAGUGCAGUUAUCCACACUGACCCUGACCACCCUAGGGACAGCUGCUUCUAGAACAACCAUAUCUGGGACUCAGGAAGGAGAAACUAUAGGCGCACCCCCACCCCAGCAUGGUGAGCACGCUGUCUGAAACACAUCACGGCUCUGCCACACGGACACCUUCUGGGCCAGUGGAAUCAGCCCCUGGUGCCCUCACUGCAGCAGCCCAGUCACCUGAGACAGCAGCUGCUCAUUUGAUAGCCCUUAUCCCCAGCUCCUCAGGGACAACACAGCCCUCUGAUAGGACUGGGUCCAGUCAAGCUUCCCCUAAACCCACCCAGAGCAGUAGUCCUGGAGCAUGAGCCUGUGCUCCGGACAAGUACCCAGCUGAAGGGGGAGUAGCUGAUAACAGCUAUUAUGCCUACUCGGGUGAGUCUGAACAACUCGUGUCUGUACAGCAAAGAAGAGGUGGGGGCCAGAGUGGACAUCAGAACUCUGUGAAGGCCCAGACAAAUGAGUGUCCAAAGGCCAUGGGAGGGCCAGUGAGAUUUGGUCAGACAUUGGCCUCUAAAGAGUCUACUGGGGUAGAGGUGAUUUCUAGUAAGAGGCUAGGUAGCUGAGCACAUGAGGUUGUUGUAGUAAGUUCAGGCUGCUGUAACAAAAUACCAGACCCGGUGUCUUAUAAACAACAGAAUUUUACUUCUCACAGUUCUGGAGGCUCACAGUCCAAGGUCAAGGCACGGGCAGAUUAAGUAUCUGAUAAGAGCCCACUUCUUGGUUCACAGACAGCUAUCUUCUUUAUAGUGCAAGGGGCAAGGGAGUUCUGUGAGGUCUCUUUUCUGGGUUGGGCGGGGAGGGUAGAGAGAAAGGGAGAGAGAAAAUAUUUUCUUUAAUAUUUUUUAUUUAUUUUGAGAGAGAGAGAGAGGGAGGGAGAGAGAGAAUGUGUGGGGGAGGGGGAGAGAGAGAGAGAGAGAGAGAGAGAGAGAGAGAGAGAGAGAAGGAGAAUCCCAAACAGGCUUUCUGAUGUCAGGGUGGAGCCUGAUGUGGGGCUCAAUCUCACAAAUCAUGAGAUCAUGACCUGCAUGUAAAUCAAGAGUCAGCUGCUUAACUGACUGAGCCACCCAGGUGCCCCCUGGGGUCUCUUUUAUAGGGGUACUAAUCCCAUCCAUGAAGGCUCCAUCUGCAUGAUAUAAUCACCCCCAAAGCCUCCCCUCCUAAUACCCUUGUAUUAGGUGUUAGGAUUUAACAUAUGGAUUGCUGGGGCGGGGGGGGGGGGAGCAUAAAAAUUCACUCCGUAUCAGAGAUAGAAUGGAUAAUUCAUCAGCUCCCAGGGCCCCAAUACUGUCCAGAGAAUGAAUCUUCCCAGAGGAAGGAACUGAUGAUCCAUGAAAGACAAAGGCUGUAGCCCCCAGAAGAGGCCAGGAGGGGCUAGAUAGUUGAUGGGACAAGACCAGUGUGGCAGAUACUACAGAGAGGCUGAGUUCACAGGGCCUCCCUCACGUGGCACAACUAACUCCCAGACUCACCCUCUGGCAGGGCAGAAGCUGGGUCCUGGGAAUCAAAAAGAUGAUAGUAUCCCCCAAAUCUAUGUCCCCCAUAGUCAAAAUAAUUCUAACUCCCAAACCUUUCAAUUUUAUAAAAUUCUUAUUUUCCUAAAAUGACUACUCUGCUUUUUAAAAUCUCAAACUCAGGGGCACCUGGGUGGCUUAGUCGGUUAAAGGUCCAACUUUGACUCAGGUCAUGAUCUCACGGCUCGUGAGUUCAAGCCCGGCGUCAGGCUCUGUGCUGACAGCUGGGAGCCUGGAGCCUGCUUGGGAUUCUGUGUUUCCCUCUCUCUGCCCCUCCCCACUCAUUCUCUCUCUCUCUCUCUCUCUCUCUCUCUCUUUCAAAAAUAAAUUAACAUUAAAAAAUUCCAAAUAUCAAGUUCCUUCAAAAAAUACUUCUUUAGCAUUCCUCUUCUGCUCUCUGGAUAAUCUAGCCUUGGGAUGAAGUUUCCAUUACAUUCACAGCUAGGCAGUGUUUAACUUACAGGCCAGUAUUUCUCAGACUGUGUUUUGUGGGACACCAGUGCUUUGGGAUUUCGAUAGACAUUACACAAAAAAAGGGUGGUGUUCUGUUGUUAAAUAUAUUGGAGGAAAUACUGGAUUAAACAAAAUGGUUUCUUGACUCGGGACUUUUUAGAGGCUUUAAUAUUCCACCAUCUACCAUUGACUCCCUUAAAAAUCAGAUUUUGAAAGCAGAUUAUAGUAUGCAUUUCCCAAGAUUAUCUGUCCCCAGAAUCCUCAUUCUGAGGAACAUUUAUGCAGCACCUUGGAAUACACCUGGCGACAGAGGAGAGGAAUUCAGAUGAGAGUAGAGCAGUGCUGGGCAGGCAGAAGUGACUGGGGUGACAAGUCCAACCCAGGGGGUUUUAGCCACGUCCCGAGUAGGUGCUGGCUCAUUAGAAGGUUGUCCCCAUGUCAACAAAUUGUCUUGGUGAGACCAGGAUAGUGUGCUCACUUGUGAAAUACUGUGUGUAUCCCUCCACAGAAGUUAUGAAGCAUAUUAUUGUGUUUUUGUGCACUAAGGAUGAGACAGCUUUUCUUUUUGUGUUAAUUUUUUUCCAGGUUACUAAGAACAUAAAGUCUGCAAGAUAGACUGUCUGGGUUUGAACUGUGCCUCAUUUUCUUCUGCCGGGGUUAAGAGCACAUUUACUGCAUAGCAUUCAUGUUUGAGGGUUAGCUGUUAUCAAUAUUAUUAUUUGGCAUUCUGUAUCACAAUAUACUAUUGAUUGCAAUAGCAGAAAGUUAUGUGGCUGACUUAACCCCCACCUUGCCCCGUCUCACACACCUGCCCUUAAAUUGUAACCCAUCCCUCUGACCAAAUAUGCCUGCCAAAACAGAAACAGUGAACUUAUUUAAAAAGGAAAGGGGGUGGGGUGCCUGGGUGGCUCAGUCGGUUGGGCAGCCGACUGCGGCUCAGGUCAUGACCUCUCAGUUUGUGAGUUCAGGCCCCACGUAGGGCUCUGUGCUGACAGCUCGGAGCCUGGAGCCUGCUUCCGAUUCUGUGUCUACCCCUCCCCUGCUCACGCUCUGUGUCUCUCCAUCUCUCAAUAAUAAAUAAAUGUUAAAAAAAAAAAAAAAAGGAAAGGGGGUAAAGUCUUUAAAUUCAAAAUAAUAAAACAAGUCCAGAAAUAUUUUACACUGAUAUCUCCAUUACAUUUUGCUUUUUAAUGACUUUUAAACAGGUCAUCUCAAAUUCAGUGGAAAGUGUGGAAAGAGCAGGUACAGAAAGGAAGGAAGGGUUGAGUAUCAGCUUCUCAUUCAUCACCCAAAAAAAAGGUAUCAGGACACAGUGUGUUGCAAGUGGCAGAAAACCUAUUCCCAAUUGGCUUGAGCAAAAUAAAUAAUAAAUAAAAUUGAAACCAUGAAAUAAAACAAUUUGUUGGCUCAUGAGACUAAAAAGUCCUGAAGAGGGCUUGAAAACACCCCAGCCUCCUGCUCCUGGCUCCCAAAGGCGCUCCCUCCCCUCCCUCAGGGUUGUCUCUUCAUUUUUUUUU